GCCGACCAUGGGGAGCGGAGCGGUGGCAUCCUGUGUACCAGCCACGGCCAUGUCGCCUUGAUCUCGGUCUGCACCCGUCGCCGCCCCUUCUCCUUUCCCCUCGCCAGCCACUUGUCCCCGCCGCCAAACCAGGCUGACGUAGCACGAGCUCGGGAUUGAAUCGGACCAGACCCGGGUCGCGUCCUCGAGCAGGAGGUCGACGUGAGGGACGAGCCGCCCCGUCGCACUGCCGCGGUGGUGCCGCCCCCAAUCCCGGAUACCGACAAUGCCGGGUCCUGGAGUUGCCUGCGAUGGGGGCGUGGAUGGUGGAUCUCGGCGGGGACAGUGGAGGUGGGGGCGAGGGAGGCCGUGCCGCCGGCCAAGAGGAGGCAGGUGGUGGCCGUGCCGUCCUUGAAGACCGCGGCGGCGGCGGAGGCCAUCCAGCGGCUCUUCAAGCUGUGCCGCGCCGUAUUCACGGCCCUGGUCCGCGCCAUGCUCGGUACCACUACCAUAGCUCACCCUGCCGGAAAUGGGAAUAUCUUGCACAAAAUUGUAAUUAGCUCAUGGUGGUGAUUUUUGCAGACAUGAUGAGGCCACCAGGAAUUCUGCCUAGCCACACACAAAAAGGCUCCACAAAAGUGGCUUUACUUCUUCACAGCCAUGACUUGCAAUUGCAAGAUGAUCCUUGCAGCUCUGAACAGCUUACAAACACCAGUAACAGCUGAGGCCAGCACAAUGGAAAAGAGCAGGGCAUUUCUUUGGCUGGAAAAGGGAUGAAAAGAACUGCUUUAAUUUCAGAAAUCAGAAAAUUAAAGCAAGUUUCAGAAAAUUGGCGGGGAAUUGGGGACCGAAUCGGAUUCAGAAAAAGGAAACCGUCCGUGUCUCUAUUUGGAAAUUUGACGCGUCCUCCGUCGCCUGCAAGUCCAUCGCCUAUAAAUAUCAGCACAUCCACACCACCUUUCUAUCCCAGAUCCCAAUCGCCCGCCCUGCCCUCGAUCGGCAUCAACCCUUCCUAGCUAGAAGCAGCAGCAGAUAGGGCAGCCGCCGGCCAGCUGCAGGAUGGAAGGGCUCGACGUCUUCCAGCACUACCGUCUGAAUCCUACGGAUGUGGACGCCGUGACUUACUACCUGCCACGCCUCAUCGCCGGCCAGCCGCAUGGCGCCGAGAAAUUCAUCCACCACGUCGACAUCUACAGCUGCGAGCCCAAGGAUCUCGCCGCCAAGAUUGCGCCCGUGCCGCAGGCCGCGAGCAGCGGCGACCGCUUCUUCUUCACCACGCGCAAGAGCAAGAACGGAAGCAAAACCCAGAGCGUGCGCACCGCCGGCGGCGGCACCUGGACCGUCAACGCCACCACGGCCGUCAAGCACGCGGGGGUCGAGGUCGGUGAGAGGAAGAACCUGUCCUUCAGGAAGAAGGGCAAGUCCACCGGCUGGGUCAUGGAGGAGUACCGAUGCUUGCUGCCAGAGGCCACUGUCGCCGACGGGGUGAAGGUGUUUUGCAAGAUCCACUUGGCUCAGCAUCCUCCUGACGCGGCCCGUCAAGAAUCGGCCGCGUACAUGCUUCAAGAACCGCAACGAGAGCCCGUGACUGUGAGCACGCACGCACAGAAGAGGCCAGCAACGGCUGCCACCGCCGAUCCUCAUCCGUCGCGCCCGAACAAGAGGAUGCGAGGAGCAGUCCCCGUCCCGGCACCUGCCACACCGUCGUUCUUGAUGUAUGAUGAGGCAGCCAGAGCAAUGUAUGGCCCGCUGGCUCGUACCAACUUCCCUGUUCAGGAUGCUGUGGCUGUACCAGCGGCAAUCGAAGGUGCUUCAGCAUCAUGCGAGUUCACUACAACAUCCUACCACUCGGACGUCGCUUCUUCCUCACAUGAUAUGCAGCGACAAGCUCAAGCUCCUGCUAUUUCGUCUCAGUCAGAUGUGCUGGAGUCUGUCAAGCAGUACAGCCAACAACAGAUGAUUGUUCCUGAGGCUGGCUCAAGCAUUGCAAGGAGCACAUCUGAAGAGGUUGUCUUUGAGCCAUUGGAGCCUGUUUCCAAUUUGCUGGAUGAGGAGGCAGAUGGUUUUGACCUUGAAGAACUAAUGAGAAUGAUGGAAGACGACCCAAUUGAAGUUGAGCCGGUCACUGGAGCCAGCACUGGCGUGGAGAUGGGCCAACAGGAACCUCUGUACCUGGAUACCUUGGACCAAGGCAGGCUGGAGGACAUGCUGCAGUCCGAUUGCCCUUACCCAAUGUGGUGGAGAUCAGAGGACGGGGCCAUGCACAACCCUGCCUCCCAUGAUGCUGACAAGGAGAAGAGGUACAAUGCCGCGUCGGAUCUUGACGCACCAUCGCUUCAGGGACACGACCACUUGUUCAAACCGCGGCCGUGCUUCUUCGAUCCAUUUGAAGCAGCGUUGAAGGCCGAAGAGGCGCUCGAGAAGGAGAAGAGGGACAAUCUUCACGCUGGACCGCUUGGAGGGCACAACAACUUCUUCUCGUCUGCAAGUGUCCAUUAAGUCCGAUGUUGAAAUUGUUUUCAAAGUGUAUAUGAGGAUACUCGUUGGCUGAUAUGUUAGUUCGUCCUUGUACGAUCGCCACAGAUGUACCUCUGAGCAAUUUGCUCCACUUGUUCAUGCAAGCUAAAACUAGUGUUGUUCUU